AUGACGCUUGUCAGCAGCCCCCAGACGACUCUCCGAAAGAUGCAAAUACAGAUGCAGAGUUUCCUACCACCUCUCAAUUUCAUCACAGUGCAUUAUACGUAUUUCAUCUGCACAUGUCUCCUUGCCUCCAUCAUAUUCUACUUGUGCUCGGACGAUCCAGCCUACAGUAUCUCGUACACGGAUUCGCUCUUCCUGGUCGUAUCCGCUAUGACAGAAGCGGGGCUCAACACGGUGAAUCUGAGCACGAUGAGUACAGCACAGCAGGUGCUGCUGUGGGUGUUGAUCUUGAUGGGGAGUGCGGUUUUUGUUAGUGUGGGCACGGUGUUUACGCGCAAGAGGGUGUUUGAGCAACGCUUCAGGCAUAUUGUGAAGACGCAGAAAGAGGAGCGCAGGGAGAGGAGGAGAAGUUUGAGUUUGGGCAGGGAUGGAGAGGGGGAGGGGGAGGUUGGCAAGAGGUUGAGGGGCUUGAGAGGGGAGGAUGAGCAUGUUGAUAGGAAGGAGUUUGAAAGUAGGCAUUCGGGGCCACGUGAUCCCACGCCCGGGCUUCCCAGUACUGGUCCAGCUGCUGGAGGUAUCAAACUUCAGCAGAUGGACCGUGGGGAGAGGGAUGAGGAGGCGGUUCUUGAUGAGGAUGCGCGUGCGGAUCUAGAGGGGUCGCACAGUCCGGUAUCGUUAACAUCCACGCCCCACGUCCACAUCCAAGACGAGCAUCACCAUCACCGCGUCCUAUCUUUCGUGGGCGUAGGCGCGCAUCCAAAUCCACGUCCCAGUUCCUCGGCCUACACACACUCCUUUCACAUACAUGCUGCGCCAUCCAACGCGGAUGGUGCACGUGAAGGGCUUUCGCAUCGCCAACCCUACCUCUCGGCGAAAGAAAAAGAGCUCGAUGCCGGCACGGAAUCUGGAGAAGGAGCACAAGCCGGGUUAGAUACCUCACAGUAUCCGGAUUAUCUGACAAGACAUACGACGGGUCGCAACGCGCAGUUUUAUGGGCUGAGCAGGGCGGAGAGGGAGCAUUUAGGGGGUGUGGAGUAUAGAGCUAUUACGCUGUUGGCGUAUGUGGUGCCGAUUUAUUUCGUGAUGUGGCAGGUUCUGGGGUGUGUCGGGUUGGGGGCUUAUAUGGCGUACAAUAAAGCGGAGGUGGCGAGGGGGAAUGGGAUUAAUCCUUGGUGGCUAGGUAUCUUCAACGGGGCUUCUGCGUUUAACAAUUCAGGCAUGAGUUUGUUGGAUGCUAAUAUGAUACCGUUUCAAUCCGCGACGUACCCGCUGAUCACUAUGGGGCUGUUGAUUUUGGCGGGUAAUACUGCAUACCCCCUUUUCCUCCGCCUAAUCCUCUGGUGUAUGCUCAAACUCCUCUGUCUCAUCUACCCGUCCCCAGAAAUGCACUCCGAACACAAAGCCACGCUACGCUUCGUCCUCAAAUACCCUCGACGCGUCUACACGAACCUCUUCCCCUCGGCCCAAACCUGGUGGUUACUCUUCAUGGUUGUUGUUUUAAACGGCAUCGACUGGGCUGCUUUCGAACUCCUGAAUAUCGGAAACAGCGCCGUGGAUGUUAUCCCACCCCACUUCAGAGUCCUGGAUGGCCUGUUCCAAGCUCUGGCUGUGAGGAGCGGCGGCUUUUAUAUCAUUAGUAUCCCGAGUCUCCGGAUCGGGCUGCAGGUUUUAUAUGUCAUCAUGAUGUACAUCUCUGUCUACCCCGUCGUCAUCACCAUGCGGCAUUCCAACGUCUACGAAGAACGCUCCCUCGGAAUCUACGCCGAAGAUUCCCAUUCCCAUUCUCCCUCCGACCUUGAGCUCGGUCCCUCGCACCCCAAGUCCGGCACGUUAUUCAGAAGAUUCAAACGCACACUAUCCAACAUCCAGACCCCCCUCCCCCCCACAACGACAACAGCCGGCACGCAAUUCAUCCGCCUCCAACUGCGCUCGCAGCUCUCGCACGACCUCUGGUGGCUCGUCCUGGCCCUGCUCUUCAUAACCUGCAUCGAAGUAUCGAACUUCGAGCGCGAUCCCGUCACGUAUUCCGUGUUCAAUAUCGCGUUCGAGGUCGUGAGCGCGUAUGGAUGUGUGGGUAUUAGUCCGGGACUGCCGACUCAGGCGUAUAGCUUUAGUGGAGGCUGGCAUAAGGCUAGUAAGCUGAUUCUUUGCGCGGUUAUGAUUCGGGGGAGACAUAGGGGAUUGCCGGUUGCGCUUGAUAGGGCGGUGAGACUGCCGGGUGGGGAGGGGGGCGAGGAGGAGAGGGGGGUUUAA